GUGACAGCUCCCGUGUCCAAGCGGUUUUUGUUUUUUAUUUUUUCCCGACUUGCUUAAUAUUUAGCAAUUAUAUGGCUCCCAGGAAUCGGUUGAAAAUACAUGCCCCCAUCGGCUGGUGUUAACAAAUCAAGUGCAAUCGCUCGCAUUACGGCGUUAUAAGUGCUGUGAAAAUUCGAAAGUUGUGUGCGCUGGCAUUCGAAUUCGGGUCGAGUGGUGAAAAUAAAACUACAAACAUCCAAACCAAAAAAACACGGAAAAAAGACAAAUAGUCUGAAAACGUGAAAACGUCGAAAUGGCGACAGUGGCGACGAGGACAGCAAAAGAACACAAAAGAAAAGAAAAGAAACCAAUUUAAGUGCUAUAAUAACACGGUAAUGCUAAAGAGCUAACAAAGAAAAUAUAAAACGAAUAAAAUUCAGUUCAAAGAGCGAUAAAUAAGUCAAAAGGAUACAUACAUACAUAAACCAAAACAUCAGUAAAAACAAAAAAAGCAAGAAAGUAACGAUCGAGGGAUACGAGGUUGAGGAAGCGAGAUAAGGAAUAAUCGGAUCCGGAAUUCUCCAUCAUCCAGCGUCCGGCCUUCAACAUCCAAUCCUCCAUCCUCCAGUAAUCACUAGCAACAGAUUAUCGGACCCGCGAGCUAAAUGUCCAGUUGCCGCUAUCGUUCCAUACGGACGGCGUGUCACUCCCGACAAAUGCGUAUUGUGGUUGACCUUGUUUAAUAUAAUUAUGGCCGAGCGGUCGUUACAAAAGUAUCAGAAAUUGGAUACAGUGACGGUUGGAAGCGGCUCAGGAAGUAGUGCAAGCAGAGCAUCAACAGGACUCCUUAGGCGGGGGGCACUUGGGUCGAAAGGGAGCCCAUCGCUUAGCUGAUAGAAUGGGUGGCCCGAAAAAAGAGGAAAACCCACCAGGUGGUGGUCCGACGUCAUUGUUUAUUCUAACCGAGGAUAACCCAAUUAGAAAGUACACACGAUUCAUCAUAGAAUGGCCGCCCUUUGAAUACGCUGUGUUAUUGACAAUCAUAGCCAACUGUGUUGUGUUGGCACUAGAGGAGCACUUACCAGGGGGCGACAAGACAGUAUUGGCUCAAAAAUUGGAAAAAACGGAGGCCUAUUUUUUAUGCAUUUUCUGUGUAGAAGCGUCGCUCAAGAUCCUCGCCUUAGGGCUUGUUCUGCAUAAACACUCCUAUCUCAGGAAUAUUUGGAACAUCAUGGAUUUUUUCGUUGUAGUUACGGGAUUCAUGACACAGUACCCACAAAUAGGGCCCGAGGUAGACCUAAGAACACUUAGAGCCAUUCGUGUGCUACGGCCCUUAAAAUUAGUGUCUGGAAUUCCUAGUUUACAAGUAGUUUUAAAAUCUAUAAUCAAGGCGAUGGCACCUUUACUGCAAAUCGGUCUCUUGGUGUUGUUUGCAAUCGUAAUUUUUGCAAUCAUUGGACUCGAGUUUUAUUCGGGCGCACUGCAUAAGACUUGUUAUAGCUUAGAAGAUCCAAACAAACUAGUAAAGGAGGGCGAAUCAGAGACGCCUUGCAACACGGACAACAGCACGGAAAAGGCAACCGGCUCCUUUGUAUGCAACAAUACCACGAGCAUGUGUCUAGAAAAAUGGGAUGGACCAAAUUCAGGCAUCACGAGUUUCGAUAAUAUCGGAUUUGCCAUGUUGACCGUAUUCCAAUGUAUCACGAUGGAGGGCUGGACGUCAAUACUGUAUUGGACCAACGACGCAUUAGGUUCAGCAUUUAAUUGGAUAUAUUUCGUGCCUCUUAUAGUUAUAGGCUCAUUUUUUAUGCUCAACUUAGUUCUUGGUGUCCUUAGUGGUGAAUUCGCAAAAGAACGAGAAAAAGUAGAAAAUAGACAAGAGUUUCUUAAACUUAGAAGGCAGCAGCAACUAGAAAGAGAGUUAAACGGCUAUGUUGAAUGGAUUUGUAAAGCUGAGGAGGUAAUACUAGCCGAGGAGAGAACAACGGAGGAAGAAAAAAUGCACAUAAUGGAGGCUCGUAGACGAAACGCUGCCAAGCGGAAAAAGCUGAAAAGCUUGGGAAAGUCCAAGUCGACAGACACAGAGGAGGAGGAAGCCGAGGAAGAUUAUGGCGACGAUGGUUAUCUGAAAACUCGGUCAAAACCUCAAGGAAGUUGCACUGGUUUUUGGCGGGCGGAGAAAAGAUUUCGUUUCUGGAUCCGGCACACGGUAAAGACGCAGUGGUUCUACUGGUUCGUGAUAGUCCUCGUCUUUCUGAAUACGGUCUGCGUGGCCGUCGAGCAUUAUGGCCAGCCCUCGUUUCUCACCGAGUUUCUCUACUAUGCCGAAUUCAUCUUCCUGGGACUCUUCAUGUCGGAAAUGUUCAUCAAGAUGUAUGCGUUGGGACCGCGCAUCUACUUUGAGUCGUCGUUCAACCGUUUUGAUUGUGUUGUCAUUAGUGGUUCGAUAUUCGAAGUGAUCUGGUCCGAGGUCAAAGGCGGUUCGUUCGGUCUGUCUGUGCUGCGUGCCCUGCGAUUGCUGCGCAUCUUCAAAGUAACCAAGUACUGGUCGUCGCUGCGCAAUCUAGUCAUCUCUCUGUUGAACUCGAUGAGAUCGAUCAUCUCAUUGUUGUUCCUGCUCUUCUUGUUCAUCCUCAUAUUCGCCUUACUUGGCAUGCAGUUGUUUGGCGGACAGUUCAAUCUGCCAGGAGGCACGCCCGAAACCAAUUUUAACACUUUCCCGAUAGCACUGUUGACCGUAUUCCAAAUCCUCACAGGCGAGGAUUGGAACGAAGUCAUGUACCAGGGCAUCAUAUCUCAGGGUGGUGCUCAGAAAGGAAUGAUUUACUCUAUAUACUUUAUCGUUUUGGUACUCUUCGGAAAUUACACGCUAUUGAAUGUGUUCUUGGCUAUCGCCGUUGAUAAUUUGGCGAAUGCCCAAGAACUUACAGCAGCCGAAGAGGAACAAGUCGAAGAGGAUAAAGAGAAACAACUGCAGGAGCUCGAGAAGGAGAUGGAGGCCCUCCAGGCGGACGGGGUUCAUGUGGAGAAUGGCGACGGUACUGUGGCCCCCAGCAAGUCCAAGGGCAAGAAGAAGGAGGAGGAGAAGAAGGAGGAGGAGGAAGUGACGGAGGGUCCCAAACCGAUGUUGCCCUACUCAUCGAUGUUUAUACUUUCACCAACCAAUCCCAUACGACGCGGAGCCCAUUGGGUUGUUAAUUUACCAUAUUUUGAUUUCUUCAUUAUGGUUGUCAUCUCAAUGUCAUCAAUAGCAUUAGCAGCCGAAGAUCCCGUUCGUGAGAACUCAAGGCGAAACAAGAUAUUGAAUUAUUUCGAUUAUGCAUUUACCGGCGUAUUCACGAUAGAAAUGUUGCUGAAAAUUGUAGACUUGGGUGUAAUCCUGCACCCUGGCAGCUAUUUAAGAGAAUUCUGGAAUAUUAUGGAUGCUGUGGUCGUUAUAUGCGCUGCUGUUAGUUUCGGUUUCGAUAUGAGCGGUAGCAGCGCUGGACAAAAUUUAUCGACUAUUAAAUCGCUUCGGGUAUUGCGUGUCCUACGCCCAUUGAAGACCAUUAAGCGUGUACCAAAAUUGAAAGCCGUGUUCGAUUGCGUCGUAAACUCAUUGAAAAAUGUUGUUAACAUUCUAAUCGUGUACAUAUUGUUUCAAUUUAUAUUUUCUGUUAUUGGAGUACAAUUGUUCAAUGGAAAAUUUUUUUAUUGUACGGACGAAAGUAAACAUACUUCCGCAGAGUGCCAGGGCUCGUACUUUAAGUACGAGGAGGACGAGCUGCUGCCAAAACAGGAACUGAGGGUCUGGAAGCCUCGAGCCUUCCACUACGAUAAUGUUGCCGCCGCGAUGCUCACACUAUUCGCCGUUCAGACCGGCGAGGGAUGGCCACAGGUCUUGCAACACUCAAUGGCUGCCACUUAUGAAGAUAGGGGUCCAAUCCAAAAUUUCCGGAUCGAAAUGUCCAUAUUUUAUAUUGUGUAUUUUAUUGUGUUUCCGUUCUUCUUCGUCAACAUAUUCGUGGCCUUGAUUAUUAUUACGUUUCAAGAGCAAGGCGAAGCUGAGUUACAAGAUGGCGAAAUUGACAAAAAUCAGAAAUCCUGCAUCGAUUUUACUAUAGGAGCACGCCCCCUCGAACGCUACAUGCCCAAAAAUCGGAACACCUUCAAGUACAAAGUGUGGCGAAUUGUGGUGUCAACGCCUUUCGAGUACUUCAUCAUGAUGUUGAUCGUAUUCAAUACCCUUUUGCUGAUGAUGAAGUAUCAUAAUCAAGGAGACAUGUACGAAAAGUCACUGAAGUACAUCAACAUGGGAUUCACCGGAAUGUUUAGUGUCGAAACUGUGCUGAAAAUCAUUGGAUUUGGUGUCAAGAAUUUCUUCAAGGACCCGUGGAACAUUUUCGAUUUAAUCACCGUUCUGGGCAGCAUUGUGGAUGCACUUUGGAUGGAAUUCGGGCACGAUGAUUCGAACUCAAUCAACGUCGGCUUCCUGCGUUUAUUUCGUGCGGCGCGUCUUAUCAAAUUACUUCGUCAAGGAUACACAAUACGAAUUCUUCUAUGGACAUUUGUACAAUCAUUUAAAGCACUUCCCUAUGUCUGUUUGCUUAUAGCAAUGCUAUUUUUUAUAUACGCCAUAAUCGGCAUGCAGGUGUUCGGGAAUAUCAAACUAGGUACGGUGGAAAAUUCCAUUACUAGACACAACAACUUCCAAUCAUUUAUUCAAGGCGUCAUGUUGCUCUUCAGGUGUGCAACGGGCGAGGCCUGGCCAAACAUAAUGCUGGCCUGCCUGAAGGGCAAGGCCUGCGACGAGGACGCCGAGAAGGCACCUGGAGAGUACUGCGGAUCCACACUGGCCUACGCCUACUUCGUAUCGUUUAUAUUCUUCUGCUCCUUCCUCAUGCUGAAUCUGUUCGUCGCCGUCAUCAUGGAUAAUUUUGAUUAUCUCACGAGGGACUCCAGCAUAUUGGGUGCUCAUCACUUAGACGAAUUUGUGCGCAUAUGGGCGGAAUAUGAUCCAAAUGCGACUGGAAAAAUACACUACACGGAAAUGUACGACAUGCUGAAGAAUAUGGAUCCACCGUUGGGAUUUGGAAACAAGUGUCCCAAUCGACUUGCCUACAAGAAACUCAUACGAAUGAAUAUGCCCCUGGACGACGAACUGAGAGUGCAGUUCACAACAACAUUAUUCGCUUUGAUUCGGGAGAAUCUCAGCAUUAAAAUGCGAGCGCCUGAGGAGAUGGACCAGGCGGACAUGGAGCUACGGGAGACGAUUACAAACAUCUGGCCAUUGCAGGCGAAGAAGAUGCUCAAUCUGUUGGUGCCGCCGAGCGAUCAGCUCAACAAGGGCAAGCUCUCAGUGGGUAAAAUCUAUGCAGGUUUCCUCAUCCUGGAGUCCUGGCGCAGCACGCGGUUCGGCCAACUCGAUUCGGGAAUGCCGAAACAAUCAUUCUUUAACUGCCUACUCGAUAUGGCCGCCCUUGACAAAGGAGGAUCGCGACAGGGCUCCAUAAGUUUCGAGCCGAAUGGGGAAGGAGCCGCCAACUCACAAACACAUUUGUUAGCCAGCACGCACCACCACCACGCAAACGGUGAUGCCGAACACAACAGUUUGGCCACUCUAGCACGGCGGAGUACGAUCAGAAAGCGAUCAGUUAGAAACAAAAAGGUGAAUAAGUUUGAUAAACUCCAAGCGAUGCUGGAGCUACAGGACGCUUCGAGACAUCCCUCGCAGGAAUCACUUACCGGUGCCGAUGCUGGCCAUUUACAUCCUGGACAUUCGUAUAUGAAUGGUCACCGGCGAUCGCCUAGCUUGAGGCACAACGGCUCUCCACUGGCCAGAUCUCCAAGUCCUCGACGGCGUGGCCAUCAAUACAUACAUCAUGAUAUCGGGUUCUCCGAUACCGUAUCUAAUGUUGUAGAGAUGGUCAAAGAGACUCGUCAUCCUAGGCAUGGCAACAGUCAUCCGCGGUAUCCAAGAGGUUCAUGGUCAGCAUCGACAAGUCCGGCCCGUUCGCCUUCGCCUUCUCGAUAUGGUGGUCAUUUGUCUCGCAGUAAACGCACUCAACUGCCUUAUCCCACAUAUGGGACAACCAGUCUAUGUCAAAGAUCACGAUCGCCGAGUCCCGCUAGACUUCAGGAGAUGCGUGAACGAGACAGACUUGGUUAUGGGAUUGAUAUGGGUGUAACGCAUGUACAACACAGUUACCCAACAUUGGCAUCCCGAAGAGCCGGAAUCGGUAGACGCCUGCCUCCGACCCCAAGCAAGCCGUCAACACUGCAGCUCAAGCCAACAAAUAUCAAUUUUCCCAAGCUGAAUGCGAGUCCCACACAUACACACCACUCAACGCCCCACAGUGUUCACUCGCUACCACACCACCGCGACCUGCUGCGAGAUCCAAGGGACAUGUACUACAGCAGUAGGGAACGCGAGCGGGAUCGCGAACGCCUUAGGGAUCGGGAUCGUGAAAGGGAUCGCGAUCGGCUGCACGAGUACGACCUGCGCUACGAGUACAGGGAUCGGGAGCGAGAGUUGUACGAGCGCGAAAGGGAUCGCGAGCGGGAGGUCGAAAGAGAAAGACUUGAAUAUAUAGCACCGCUGUCAUUCGAACAAGCGCUGGCUAUGGGCCGAACAGGUCGUGUACUGCCAUCACCAGUUCUAAAUGGUUUUAAGCCAAAGAGCGGUCUGAACCCUCGACACUCCGAUUCGGAUGAGGAGGAUUGGUGCUAGCAAAGGCUUUGAUUGCGAUCGCGUAAUCGAAAGGAUCAGAUCUGGGUAUAGCAUCAGGCCAUAUGCUCCUCUUUGUCAGCACCAAACUUAGAUCACAAUUUUGAUACGAUACGACACAGAUACCAGCCCGAACAUCAGCAAACCCUUCCACAGACACACCUUUGCCCACAACCACACAUACACCCACACCCACAUCGAAGGUAUGAAGCGAAUGUAUCGACACCGAAGCUAGGAACAAGUAUAUCUGAUAUCAAAUUGGCUGGAGUAAGCUUACAGGAAUUAAAUCCGAAUCGACAAGCGCAAUCGCAACGGAAGCAGGAGCAACAAUUGGAGGAGCAUCAGCAUCAGGAUGGACGACUCGAGUGGCUCAGAUGGUGCCGGUUGGGGCCAUAUCCCGAAACCCAAUCCCCAGUGAUGGCAUCAUUGCCCGAAACCAGAGCAACAUCGCCCCAAUCCGAUAUUGAAUUCAUGAGAAAUAAAAAUAUAAAGAAAAAAGAAACCGGAACAAUUGCAAUAACACCAAAGACAACUAAAACUGAAGCAAUGAUAUUAAGCGUACCAAUUACAAUAACGUCCCCAUUAGCUAUUAAAAAGAUAUAUUCAGAUAACGACAUUAAUUAUAAUACCGAAAGGGGUAACGAUAAUGAUAUUGGCAGAGUGAAGGAAGCGGAAGCAUCAGGUCAUUAUUAUCACCAGCCAGAACUAGCCACACCAGAUUUACAACAGGAGCCACCACUGCAGCCAGAUAACCAGCACUAUCCGCAGUAUUCGUAUCAUACGCUUUAAGGAGAAUAAAAUCAAGAACCAGAAUCCAGUAUUCAGUAUCCAGUCUCCAGUGUCCAGAUUCCAGAGUCCUUAAUCGAGCAUUCAGAAUCCACAAUCAAGAAUCCGUUAUCCAGAUCCACUAAAAGUGCAACUUUAAUUGAAACUGAAACUGACUAGAGGUGUAAAGAAAGUGAACGAGAUUCUAUUGCAGUAUCAAGUAUUGGGAGUAGGGAACCAGAGAUAUGUAAACAGAUUAGAGCUACCAUUUGCCUAGAAAUAGGGGUAGAACACCUAAUGUUAGAUAUGAAUAUGAUCAAGUGUAUUGUACUUUUUUUCUAAUGUAAGAUCGAGUCUAGCCGAAGAGCACAUCAAAAUGAAAUCAAUGAUAACAGAACUCUUUCAAGCAGAACACAUAGAUCUAGGUCUAAGUACAUAGGAAAUAUAAAUUGUAGGAACUCGCAUACAUUGUAAGUUAUAUAGGACAUAGCUCGAGAAUCAGUAAUCUGCAAGCGUUUUGGUCUUGUUUGUACUUAAAGUUAGUAAUUGAAUUAUGUGUAUUGCAAAUGCGACUUUUAUUUAUUCUAUGUACAUACCAGAUAAUUGUAGAUAUCAAAUUUUUGUAUGUAAAAUAUUUACCCACGACUAAUAUUAUAAAAACCUUCGACAAAAGAAACUCGGUAGCGAAUAUUAGCCGUAAUAGCAACAAAUGAGCGCAUUUUAGUCCCCUACGAUUUUGUAUUCUGUUAUGUGAAGUGUACUCAAGCAGAUAUUUUUUUUCGAUUAAAAGAACUUCAGAGAACAGUGAAAUUUUAAUACGAAACCCAACUGCAACCAAAUAACUCAAUUAUGACCAACAGUUUGUAUCUGUAACAUUAGCAUUAUCCAGUGCCGUGUGUGUACAGACUUUACAGACAUUUUUUUCGAAAGAAACGUUGUAUUCAUAGUCUGUUUCUUCUGUUAAUGUAUUUCCGAAAGUCUUUCGUACGCUGAACUAAGCUCCUCUCAAACUUUCCGAUCAAAUGGAUUUAUAAUUAGAAAACGAGAGCAUUGGUUUUACAAUCGAGCAUCCUCAACAUAAAACAUGUGUAGAUAUAAUACAUACACCUCCGGCUCCUCAUACUCGAACAGAAUGUGUAUAGUGUUGAAAAAUGCUGAGCUCAUGGCACAUCAAACAUAAUAUAUUCAAAUAUACAAGUAUUUGCAUGCACACAGCCCCUUCAACUCACUGAUAAAAAUGCAGACAUCUGUGUAUAGAUAGACGAUCGUACAUGUUGGACGACGGGAUAUCGAAGAGCGCACAAUAAUUGUAAUUUAAAGAAAUGAAUCCAUAACUUAAGUAAAUAAUUAUAGCAGCUGAGCAGUAAUGCGAAUUUACACAGCAAAUGAACUUAACAUUACGAUGACUAGAGUCGUAUUAUGCAUACGAAGGUAAGAAAAACCAUUUAGCAAGCGAAAAAAUCAAGAACAACAAACUAUAAACUAACCUAACUGGGUUGACUUAUGCUAUACAUAACUGAGCAAUACUGAAUAGGGAAAACGACUAACCUAAAAGCGAUAAACUAAUACAUACACUCAAAAAAAGGACGAAAUCGCCAUUGAAUUUAGAACUUCGCCAUACAAAUAUGUAAAUUGGUACUACUUUGCCAUAAUUUAACAGAAUUUUAUAUUUUUCAAACAUACUGUUAAUUGAAUGCAAAAAUGUUUUUCUAAAAUAUAUAAAUUUACUUAAAAAACCUAAAAUACAUUUUUUAACCUCAGGUACUUUGUUUUUUAUUUAAACAGAAAAGUUGUUCCAUUUUACGAGUGAUGUUAGGUUUUUUUUUCGAUUUCAUCACGUUUUUAAAAAUCUUCUAGCUUUUAAUAAGAAGACUUGUAAAUAUAUUUAUUUCAUUUUUCCUAAUACAGGCAUUUAUAGUAUAGGAAAUAAACAAUUAUUUUUAUAAUUUAAGAAAACUUUUUUCGAAAUACUCGUUUUUUAUGAAAAACUUAUUGUAAAUUUAAAAAUUCUUUUUAAAUUUAAAACUUGUAAUUUGAUGGCGAUUUUCAAAAUGCUUGAUAAAACAUUUCGAGUGUGGGAAAGGAAACCGAGAAGCGUAUUCUUAAUUACGAAUGCAGAGAUUCAUACAUUCAAGAUAUAUAUACACACCUACAUAGUUUAUAACUAGUCUCAAAUAAAUACCGAAUUCCAUCGAUAAGGGAAAACAAAGAUCGCUGAUAUAAAAAUUCACUCUCCAAUUAAUUGUAAACACAGCGCAUUACCGAGUGCAGAGUGCUGUAGCACAUUGUAAUUCCGAAGUUCACUUUUGACUACUUCCAGUAAAAAUUUGUCCACGUGGCGAAUGUUUCAAGUCCUCAGUCUUAGGCUAAGAUCCGAUUUUGACUUUCGUUUGCACUGCUUGCUUAAACAUUAGCAUUCCAAUUCAAAUUCGAAUUAUUACUAGCGAUAUCCUCACACAAGUAGAGUUGUUGGAAGGGCAGCUUAGGGCUCAUUAGCUCAAUUACUACUACUGAAUCAUUGCCCCGAUGCCAAAACUAAAAGUUAUAAAUAAAUAAAAAUAAAAACAAAACAAAACAAAAGAAACAAAACCAAAAACAAAACCAAAAAAUAGAAAUGAGUACAAAAUAUGAAGAUAGUUUACUAAUAUCGUUUCGAUAUUAGAUGUUUAUCCAAUCCAUUAUGCCUCUAGAGGAACUAUUUAGUUAUCUAAUUAUUGGCUACUUGACCAUUUCAAUUUGAUUCGCUUUUACUGCACACAAACUUCGCUUUGUCCUUCGAAUAGGCUCUCAAAACUCUCCCUCUGCCCACUUUAAUCCUACUUGUACAUUUUUACAUACCUAUAUGGUUAGUUGUGGGAAUGGUUAGUUAAGGUGGCAAUUGCAGGGAUAACCAUCAACAUCACUUUUCGGGGAAGAACAAUUCGGGAACCACGUCCCGCCAUUUACCAAACUAAAUGUCAACGAGAAAAAAAAAAAACAUGAUUAUAUGUCAGUGCUGCGAUCGAUUGUUCUUCCAGAUCCUUGCAUUCUCUCUCACAUAUAGUUGUCAUAGAAAGCAUUAUUUAAUACUCCAGAUCCAGGUCCAGAUUCAGAUCUGCAUAUAUGCUUGAAGGCUCGGUACAAGUUCAUCAUAUUCUAAAACUGGUAUAAAUGCAACCAUGAUUAAGUGCGUAGUAGGCCGCUGCCGAGCCAAUCCUCAAUUCCAACUGAGGUGACCCCGAAAGGUCCGCUCCUUGUGUUCCUCGUUUCAUGUCGUAGGUGGCUUACUCUUUUUAAACACUACAUUUAAUACCUAACUUUACGAUUCGAUUGUAUAUUUUGUUAUUUGUUUACUGUCUGGUGUGAACGGUUACAUGAAAAAAAAACAAAACAAAAAUGCGUAUUUGUAAGUAGAUCUGACUUUUUUUUACAAAGCAACCAAAAUGUAGGAUUUGAGAGGAGAUAAUAUGCGAAUAGAAAAGGAAAUUAAUAAUAAAAAUUAGUUUAAAAUUAGAAAAAUGUAACUGUUACGGCUAAAAUGUAAUGAUAAUACGUA